CGAGCCAACUUUUGGCUGCGCGGUCUCCUUUGUAAAUUCAAAUCAAAUCAACAAUCAUAAUUUCGGAUCUCUUUUCUCUUCCAUCCUCUUAAAACUCUUAAUCCCUCCCAUCCGAUUCCAACCCCUUUCAAUCUAUAUCUUCAAACUCCAACCUUAACCUUCAAUUCAAUAUUCUUCUUAACCCAUUUGAUUUUCCCCGCUCGUUUUUUGUUUUUCUGUUUUUUUUUUUUUUGUCAAAUUCUUAUCCCUAGGAACCAGAUUUGUUUUGUUGGUUUUGUAAGAGGGAAAGUGCUAAAAAUUUAGCCUUUGAAGAGAUAAUGGACGGUGACGACGGUUCUUUAUUGAUACCCAGAUCGGCUUCAAAGAUUAUGGGAGAGAAGCGGAGUAAUAUCGGAAUCGCAGAAAAAGAUGACCCUGGUCGUAAGCGGGUUAAAAUGCGAGAUCUUGAAUCCGUGUGUCGUUCUGAAGAAGUCAAUACCCAUCAUCCGAAAUCGUUGAAAAACAAAGAGUUCGUUGAUCAAUUUCAAUUUGUUGAAGAAGAGAUGUCCCAAGUUACUGAGGUGCCUGUAACUUUGGAUUUGGAUGCUUCUCAAACGAAUAAAACUCGAAAAAACACAUUCCCAAUAGCAGUCAAUCUUGCCCGUGGAACAGUGGAUCUCAAUACUGAAGUUUCUGUGGCCAAAGAUUUGGCCUGUGGUGGUAGUCAGAAAUGUGGUGAGAAUUCCAACGAACUGUCUUUGCUCACGAAGCAUGAGAGAGUACGCGAUAAUAAUUGUGUGACCUCAGGAGGCAUUGGCUUGGAUCUUAAUGCAGAAGAUGUCUCUAGCUCAGUGAACCAGGAGACAUCUUAUCCUUCCAAAGCUCACGAUCAUUUGAAGUCGAGAGAUUUCUCCGAGUGUGGGAGCUCUAUGGGCCCAUUGGAAGAGGUAGAUCCAAAGAGACGUUGGGAGGAGAUGAAGCAAAACGGUUUUCUCUCUUCUUCUUAUGGACGCAUUCCAAUGCCAAAGCAACGUGGAAGGAAAAUUAAAGAUUACGUUAUCAAGAAAAAGAUGGAGCUUGCAAAGAGAGAACAGGUUGACCGGUUUGCUAAGAUUGCUGCCCCAAGUGGACUGCUGAACGGAUUAAACCCUGGGAUUAUAAACCAUGUGAGAAACAGAAAGCAGGUCCACUCGAUUAUAGAGUCCCUCGUAAGGUCUGAAAAACUUGAAAAUGGCAAAAUGGGACAUCUGAAAAGUGGAACUACAGAAGCUGGCAACAGGAAAGAGCUAGAAAAUAUGAAUGAUCCAGGAACACAUCGAGUCAGUUUUUUUCAUGAAGAUGGGCCUUUAAGUUCUUUAUCUGGGAUCAGGCAGACAAAAGAAUACCCUAAACCAAUGAAUAGAUCUUCUCAUUUGAUUAUAGAGGGCAAAGGUGGACAUAGUGACCCCAGCAUGGUAGAAAGGGUUCGUGGUAAAAGUUGUGCCUCACACUCCAACCCUGUCAGUGAGGAUGAUACGCUAGAGCUGAAGUUGUCAUCAUCAACUCAGGCAUCUGAGAAUACUAGCUCCUUGUCUAACGAGGAAUCAGCAAACUUUGCCAGCACUUUUAAAGCUGCUACUGUUGCUUCUCAGUGGUUAGAACUUCUUCAACAAGAUGCUCAAGGACGUCUUACUGCACUACGACGUAGCAAGAAGAGAGUUCGAGCUGUAAUUACGACAGAGUUGCCUUUCUUGAUAUCAAAGGAAUUCUCAUCUGAUCAGGAGAAUAAUCCUUAUGUCACGAAAAAUUCCACUGAUGGAGUUUUCAAUAGUGCAGCUGCAGACAUGCAUCGAGCAAGAUGGAGCGCUUUGUUUGAUCAGAUGGAUAAAGGGCUUACUGAAGAAGAGAAACACCUUGAAAGUUGGUUGAACCAAAUAAAAGAAAUGCAGCUUCAUUGUGACCGGGGUCUGCACCAUAUCCACUGGAACAUGAGUUUUGGCCUGAAACAGCUGGGACCACCAGAAAAUGAAUCCAGAUCAAGAAAACUGGAUAAUUCGGAGAAGGAACUAGCUGUUUUGGCUGCGGCGGCUUCCAUUUACUCGACGUCCAAUUUUCUGUUGUCAGAGAAUGUAUCUUGUUUCUGAUCAUAACUAGUCUCUUCUCCCCUUUGUCUAAUCAGAUUGACCUUUUUUCUCCAUGGUACCAUCCUUGAUAAACCUCAGUGUGCUUUAACAACUAGUGCUUAGGUCUCCCAGAUGGGAAAAGGUUCUGCUGAGUUGAUGAGUCCUGUAACGUUAGAUGUGAGAUCAAAUUUUUUUUUUUUGGAUCAAAUUUACUUGCUCUCCUUUAUGGGAGUAGUGGCAGUAUCUGAUAGUUAAAAAUGUAAUGUAAUUGAUCAAUUAAAAACUGUCGGUGGAUUUCCGAUUUUUAAUGCACUCUUUUAUUUUUUUUGGUGUUGUAAAUG